GUGUACACACUCUCCUGUGUAUAAAACAUAUUUAUUUUGGCUACCAAUUCAAAGCAGUGACCUUUCUGUUUUCUGCAAUUUUCACAGGCUACACUGCCUGCGCUUCCUCACCAACAGCUGCCGUAGCUUGAUGUAAACAAGGUUAAUCUUUAUUUCUUUUUAUCAGUCAACGGUGUGACUACACCACUCCUGUAGCCAGUUUUGUAGUUUAACAUGGCUCCAGUGCAGCCCAGCAGGACUCCUCCUUCCCCUCAUGACCGUCUAUAAAGCCGUGGGAGAGGACUGGGAACAUUAAUCCCUUCAAAGGCACAGAUCUAAUUCAAAAUCUGCCGCUCCAAACUAGUUGAGAGGACAGUGAUUGUUUCUGCAGGGAAGCCAGAUAAAGAUCAGAGAGUUGAUAUAGAAAAAACUACAACUUCCAUUUCAACUGCUCUCCCACAAAACUCUGGAUAUUAUCUUAGGAAAACUGCAUAUGUUGGCCCUCAUUGAAUGUUCUUAAACCGAAAAAAAAAAGGGGACAAAAUGUGAUGUGAUGUGUCAGUUUGGCCUUUGUUUUAAAAGUUUUCUUAAAUUUGAAUCCCUCUGUUUGAUUAUUAUCAAACUAUUAUCUGCACUGGAAGAGAUCCUGUGAUUUUUAACGUGAACAUCCCCAGACACAUUGACAUAAAGGAAGAGGAUUGAGACGUCACUGUUUCAAGUGCUGCUGCUGUUGUCACCUGAUUUAAAACAGAGGUUUCCCCUGUGUGACAAGUUAAAUAACAUUCAUUUGAAUUAGCUGCUGGACCCCCCCUUCAGCUUAACACAGUUAACAUUUUAACAACAAAGAGAGAGAGAGAGGAAGAAGAAGAAAAAUCUAAAUGAGGAGUAGGUUCUGAUAAAACAUCUGAUUGAAAUGAGUGUGGCAGACAGAAGUAUUUAAAUAAGUCAGAGGGGGCAUAAUUAAGUGUUUAAUGCCGUGUUGCAGUUCAAAGGCACAACAAAGGAAAAUGUUUUAAUUCAAAUUAGAAAUGUAAAAAGCGACGCGCAUUCUCCACAGAGGAGAACUUUGUGUCGAGUCACUUGAGUUGGUCUCUGUCCCCUCCAUCAAGCAGCGAGGCUCUUGGAGAUCUCCGGAGAUAACAAUGUGACAUUGUCACACAGGGUUUCUGCCACAAAUCCUUAAUUACAAAAAGGAGGAUCAGAUGACUGCGGCAUCCAACACCGGGGUCUCCAGGCGGCGCGGGGGUCUUUGAUCAAGAAAAUCCAAUUAUUUGUGUAUAUACAUUUCCCACAUAGUGAUUACUUCAUUAAUUGUCCCGCCUUUAUCUCCUCCCCUCCCCCUCCCCCCGCUAAUAAUCAGCUCCUUUAUCCGGACCAACAAACACACCAUAGGAGCUUUGUGGAUUCAAAGGAUUUGCUUUCCCCUCUCUCAGAGAGCCGCCAUUCUUUGAUGAUUGGGCAGCGGCGAACUUCAAAGUAAUAAAUCUUAUUUCUGACUGGCUGGCGGCCCACCAAAGUCCUUAUCAAAUUCUAAGGAGUGAUCCCUCGCUCCUCAGAUUCACAGAGGCGAUCUCCGAGAGCGGCCGCACCGAGGAGCAGCGCCACCAGCUCCGCAGCCGCGGAUGUCGCACGUCGAUGCGAGUUAGAACUUUUUUUUUUUUUCUCGAACUACUGUUUUGAUUCGUUUGUUUCCGUCGCGAGGCAGGAGGACGCGGACCAUGGCGGCGGUGGCGGUACUGCGGAACGAAACGCUCCAGGCUUUCCUCCAGGAUCGCACUCCCAACUCCUCUCCAGACAACUGUAAGCACUCUCCGCUGGCUCUCCUGGCGGCCACUUGUAACCGGAUCGGGCAUCACCACGCGUCGAACCACGCAGAUUUCCUGCAGGUCCCCUACGACCCGAGCCUGGCCUCCCCUUCGCGUCUGUUUCACCCGUGGACUAACGAGGCAGCCCCCCAGAGCAGCCUGGCCGGCGGCAACUCGACUUUCGGACUAUCCUCCAAGCCCCAGCUGCCUGCGCACAUCCAGGGCUCCUUCAGCUCGCACCACGAGCUGCCCCUCACCCCGCCGGCGGACCCCUCGUACCCCUACGACUUCUCCCCCGUGAAGAUGUUGCCUUGCUCCAUGCAGUCCCUGCAGGCCGCCUGCCCCCCCACCUACGUGCCCGCGGUCAGCUACGCGGCGCCCGCGCCCCUUCCGACCGCCAUGCCAACUUUCGUCACGGGCCCCUCCGGCCUCGUGCACCAGCAGCAGAGGCAGUUGUCCCCGAGCCCCGGCGAGGACGUCCCGUGGUGGAGCCUGCAGCAGGGGAGCCCCGUCGGCCACCACCGCUUCCAGCUGCAGCGGGGCCUGGUGCUGGGACACGCGGACUUUGCGCAGUACCAGACGCAGAUCGCCGCCCUGCUCCACACCAAGUCGCCGCUCGCGACCGCGCGGCGGUGCCGGCGGUGCCGCUGUCCCAACUGCCAGUCGUCCACGGCCGGCGACGAGCCGGGCAAGAAGAAGCAGCACAUCUGCCACAUCCCCGGCUGCGGGAAGGUCUACGGCAAGACGUCUCACCUCAAGGCGCACCUGCGCUGGCACUCCGGGGAGCGGCCGUUCGUGUGCAACUGGCUGUUCUGUGGCAAGAGCUUCACCAGGUCGGACGAGCUGCAGAGACACCUGAGGACUCACACGGGGGAGAAGCGCUUUGUGUGCCCGGACUGCUGCAAGAGGUUCAUGAGGAGCGACCACUUGGCCAAACACGUCAAAACUCACCAGAACAAGAAGAGCAAGUGCCACGACAAGACGCUGGAGCACGUGAAAAGGGAGGACACGAGGAAUAUGUUGUAACACAAACGCGAGACAUCCCCUUAGUGCAAUACACUCAGUCCUGCACUAGUCCAGGUGCACAGGUGGAGGUCUGUUUUCUUCACUUCGACCUCUCACAUCCCGACAGUAGUUCCCACCGUGGCCGGUCUGUGUAGCACAUUUUUUUCUACGUGUAUAUAAAGUUUCAUAAGUUAAUGUUGGGACCAUGGAGAAGUUACAGCUCAUGGGUUUGAAUCCACUGUCUUUGUCAUAUCAAGGAAGACAAGUUUUCAACUUGUGCUUUUGAUCAUUGUCUUCGGUGGAAGAUUUCACUCCCCUGUAAAUUAUAUUUAAUAGCUUUUGUUGAAUGAAAGUGUCCGUCUUUUGCUCCAUUACGGGGUGUUUUUAAGCAUGCUCUUGAAAAGAUCUGCUAUUGUUGAUAUGACCCAAAUACUGUGUGAGAAUAAAGAUUAUAACAUUUUCCUCA